AUGGCGGCGGCGGAGCUCUCGGACGCGGAGACGAGGGAACACGAGCCUGUGACGGCGCCGCCUCGCCAGAUGCCGAGCCUCGGCCCGACGCGGCCAGGGGAGAAGCCCCGCGUCGUGGUCCUGGGCACCGGGUGGGCGGCGUGCCGGCUGCUCAAGGACGUGGACACGCGCGCCUACGACGUCGUGUGCGUGUCCCCCCGGAACCACAUGGUGUUCACGCCGCUGCUGGCGUCCACGUGCGUCGGCACGCUCGAGUUCCGCUCCGUCGUCGAGCCCCUUGCACGCAUUGCAAACUUUGGCUGUGAUGAUGAUCAAGCACUGUGCUCUCUAGGCUUGUUUGACGAAGAGAAGCAGCGGCUCCUGCAUUGCGUGGUCGUCGGCGGAGACCCCACCGGCGUCGAGUUCAGCGGUGAGCUCAGUGACUUCAUCACGCGCGACGUGCGCCAGAGGUACGCGCACGUCAAGGACUACGUCAAGGUCACCCUCAUCGAGGCAAACGAGAUCUUGUCAUCGUUCGAUAUCGGCACCCGCGUGCCCUACGGCCUGCUGGUCUGGUCCACGGGCGUCGGCCCGUCGGAGUUCGUCAAGUCCCUGGACCUGCCCAAGUCCCCUGGCGGUAGGAUCGGCGUGGACGAGUGGCUCCGCGUGCCCACGGCCCCGGACGUGUUCGCGCUGGGCGACUGCGCGGGGUUCCUGGAGGGGACCGGCAAGCCGGUGCUCCCGGCGUUGGCUCAGGUCGCGGAGCGGGAGGGCCGCUACCUGGCGCGGCUGCUCGGGAGGGUCGCGGGGCAGAACGGCGGCAAGGCGCACUGCGCCGGCAAGGCCGACCUCGGGGAGCCGUUCGUGUACAAGCACAUCGGCAGCAUGGCGUCCGGCGGCGCGGCCACGACGGCGAUCGUCACAGCUGCUGCUUGCUGCCCGCUGUGCUGCUGCUUGCUCUGCUCUGGAGCCGCGUGGGCUGUGCGCUCCUCGCGCCUCCCUCCCUCGCCGCCGGCGAGCCUCCUCCCGGCCGGAUUGGCCGCCGGCGUCGCCCCCUGUGGCAUGCUCUCCUCUGCAGCCGCCGAGGCACCGGGAAAGGUGAAGACGAGAUUUUUAUGGGUGCUAAAUACAAAUGUUAUGGCUCACGUGAAUAGUAGUAUGGAGUGA